CUCCCGAAUAUCAAGAUUCAUGUGUGCCGAUCCAGGAUCCGAGUAGCUUGGCCAAGUCUAUGACCUGAAAGAGCAUAGCAUCAGGCGCUGUCUGUCCAGCGCACGACUCUUUCGGCCAUGCUGGUGGACAUUGCAAAUUGAGGGAUAUACGGUAUUGCAGCGCUUGAUGCUCCUUCCUGUGAGGAGCUUGCACAAUCGCUUCGCACACGACUACUUUCCACACUUGACGCUAUUUUGUCACAGGGAGAGGUGGGUACAUGGCAUACCAGGUCCCCGGUGCUCGAACGCAACAGACUAGCGACGAGAGCACUGCUGCUUGAGCGAAGGUGAGCCCUGUACAUGAUACUCCAUGGAGCUACGAGCGUGAAAUGUAAAGCGAAUCAUCCCGCAAAGGCAUGGUGCGUUGUUGUGGGAGAUUGCGCAAAGAUGCUACAUUGGCAGAGUCUUCAACUCGUUCAUCCAGCUUUUGUGCGAUCUUGAAAGAGGUGGUCGACGUGGCCGCUCAGGAGCGACGGGAAGAGCUUGAGCUGGGAGGCAGUCACACACCAUCCGCGCAGACUGUGACGUCCAAGGAUUGAUGAAACUGCUACACACUACAAUGCGAACGGCGAAGAGAGGGUCAGCAUUGCGCUGGCAGAGGCUGUUCAGUGGACUGGGAGCAUGAGUGGGCGCGACGCAGCGCUUGCGUGAGUCGGCGACGGAAUACUUGCCUGUAUGCUUUGAUUGUGCCCAUACCCACUCAUGAUCG